AUGUUAGUUGGAUUUGCCCAAAAAACAUAGAUUAGAUAUCAGUUGUAUAUCCAUUUACUUUGGAUUUGCCUGCAUAUUGCAAUUACCUAAACUAGCCCCGUUUCUGAUUCUAAUUGCCUUCGCAGCGAAUUGAAUCAAUUUUUAGGCUGUGUGGUAAAGUUACUGACGACUUUCUAUACUAUACCUAAAAGUUCAUAUACAACUUUUGAUAACAAAAUGUCUACAAGUCGUCAAUUAAAAGUAUACCAAGACAAAUCGCGACCAGAUAGUUUUCUUUUAGAGCACAGGACGCAAGAGCAUUUGUUGUUAUUGCAAGACAACUGUGCAUGUGCAUUAUCAACAAGUGAUGGCAAUGAACUGAAAUCAUCCUGCACUAAAAUUGCUGAUACAUACGGGUGCCUAGGAGUCAUUAUCUUAAAUAAAGAUGCGGAAGCCCUGGUUCUUAUCACUGGCUGCCGAGUUGUUGGAAAAUUACUUGAUUGCGAAAUUUAUCGUAUAUCAGAUGUUUCAUUUAUUUCACUAAAAGAUGCUUCGGAUGUAACAAGCUCUUUGUCCGAUCUGAAGCGACUUCUUUGUUCUGGUUCUUUUUAUUUCUCCACUUGUGGCAACGAUGAUCAGAAAAAUCUUAAUUUAACUCGAACACUGCAAAAGCAGGAUAACACAGAAGAUAAAAGUUAUUUAUGGAAUCGGCAGCUGCUAAGUUACUUCAUAACCAGAGGUGUGAAUACAAAAUCCUGGUGUGUGGAAAUCAUAUGCGGAGGUAUUGAUAUCAGGACUGUAUACGUCGGGGCCCAACAGGGAAGAGCUGCUGUUAUAUCUCGGUUGAGUUGUGAUCGAGUUGGGACGAGAUAUAAUGUACGUGGGGUGGAUGAUUAUGGUUCUGUUGCCAACUUUGUGGAAAGUGAACAGAUAAUCUCCAUCGGUGAUCAUCAUUCUUCCUUCCUCCAAAUCCGAGGAUCCGUUCCUCUUUAUUGGGAGCAGCCUGGACUUAAUGUGGGAUCUCAUAAAGUGAAAAUCCCAGCUGAGUUUUCAGUAUCUAUGCAAGCCUAUGAAAGCCAUCUCCAAAUACUACAUUCACUUUACACCGAUUGUGCGUUUGUUAAUUUACUCGGAUCGAAAGAAGGAGAAGCAAGUUUAAGUCGCGCUUUUCAGAACCAUCAUAAUGCAAGCAGCUACAAAGAUCUGUGGGAUUUUUAUAGUUUUGAUUACCAUGUUGAAUGCAGAGUGGGAAAGUUUGCUAAUAUUUCAAAACUAAUGGACAAACUGAUCCCUAUAUUAGACAAGCAUGGUGUUUUAAAUGUCAAUGAAACUGGUAAAACGGAACAGAAAGGUGUUUUGCGCGUCAACUGUCUGGACUGUUUAGAUAGAACAAACAGUUUGCAAUCCUACGUUGGGUUAUAUAUGAUAACGAAACAGUUGGAGGUGUUAGGUUACACUGACAACAACCAAAUUGCCACAAAAUGUAACGAAGCAUUGAAGGUUGCCUGGCAACAGACUGGUGACCUCAUAAGUCGCAUGUAUGCGGGUACCGGGGCCCUGGAGGGCAAAGACAGGGUUGGAAAAUUAAGAGACGGGGCGAGGUCCGUUUCCAGAGCGAUCCAGAACAAUUUCCUGGAUCAGGGAAAGCAGGAUGCUAUGGAUCGACUCCUCCAGAUCUCCAUCCAGGAUCCUGAUCUUUCUCAUCUUUCAAGAACUCUUCUGCAUCCAUUAUCAGUUUAUGUACACAAACUUUUUCUCAAAAUCCCCGUCUUGUUACUAGGUUCACAAAACUUGCUGCGCGACAUGUACCGGCGACGUGAGGAGUUUUCAACCAAGUUUCCGAUCAGAGUCACUGUCGGAACAUGGAAUGUAAACGGAGGAAAACUAUUUCGUAGCAUUGCUUACAAGGACAAGGGUUUAAAAGAUUGGUUAUUGGACGAAAAUCCGACUGAAGAAAAGAAAUAUUACCAAGCAUUGUAUGAUUAUAAUACAGAUGAAGAAGGAGAUCUUAAGUUUCUGGAAAAAGAUAUUUUGCUGGUUUCGGAAGAACUUGAUGGGGGUGAGUGGUUACGAGGGGUCAAGGGUGACGAGGAGGGUAUUUUCCCUGCUGCAUACGCUCACCCACUAACUAACCCCCACUUGGUCAGUCACGACUUUCCCGCCCAGCAGGACGGAGAUCUGGAGUUAUACACAGAUGAAGUAGUGGAUGUUUCUGAGGUUAACGGAGAUUGGAUGACGGGAUCACUGAUGCGUGAAGGAGAAAAGAAAGAAGGAACUUUCCCAGCUAACUUUGUCACAAAGAUGGACGUUGAUAUUCCAGUUGAUAUUUUCGCGAUCGGAUUUGAAGAAAUGGUUGAACUUAAUGCUGGGAAUAUUGUUAGUACAAGUCAAGCAAAUCAACAAGCUUGGGGUCAGGAACUUCAGAAAACAAUCUCAACGAAGCAAGAAUACGUUCUCUUAGGAUCAGAACAGCUUGUCGGGGUCUGUCUUUUUGUUUUUGUCCGACAACCCCUUUCCCUGCAUGUCAGGGACCUUUCCAUUUGUACUGCCAAGACAGGAAUGGGUGGGGCUACAGGAAACAAGGGGGCAGUGGGUAUUUCCCUAACCCUCUUUAACAGCUCCCUAUGUUUCGUGUGUUCGCAUUUUGCGGCCGGUCAAACACAGGUGCAAGAACGAAACAAUGAUUUUGCAGAGAUUUCAAAUCGACUCGUUUUUUCAAAGGGUCGUAGUUUACUGUGUCAUGACUUUGUGUUCUGGUGUGGGGAUUUUAACUACAGGAUUGACUUGGGCAGAGAUGAAGUAAAACAAGCAGUAAAGGAGGAAAAAUGGGAAAAACUAAAAGAAUUUGACCAACUAUUGGUGCAGAAAAAGAUGGGAAACUGCUUUAAAGGCUUUAAUGAGGGCGAGACAAAUUUUGCGCCCACUUAUAAAUAUGAUUUGUUUUCUGAUGAUUAUGACACAAGCGAGAAAUGCAGAGUACCUGCGUGGACCGACCGCAUAUUGUGGAAAAGAAAGAAUUGGCUCAGUGAUGACCAGGAAAGUGUACUCGUUGAAACUAACUCUCCCAUGCCACCAAGUGGUAAACUACUUUAUUAUCGACGAGAGGAAUUAAAAACAUCAGAUCACAGACCUGUUGUUGCUGCUGUUGAUAUCGAAUUAAUUCAAGCUGAUGAGGAUCGAAGAGCUUCCGUUUUCAACGAAGCAUUUCAACAAAUUGAACCCGUUAAUCAAUCUGUUGUUGUUUAUGUUGACGGAAAAUCAACAGACGAACAACUCUGUCAAGAUUUCAUCUCAACUUUUGAAGUUGGAAAUCCGGUUUUAACCAGGUGUUUCCAGUCAUGUUUUCUUGUCGUAUUCCCUGAAGCAUGGAUGGCUGCUAAAUCACUUGAAUUUGACAGCACUGUUUUCAAUGGAAGCUUAAUGAGAGUGGCGGAAAUGAAUCACAAUGAACUGAUCAAUUUUAACGAACAUGACAAUGAAAUAUCAACAAUCUCAGCCAAUCAGGAAUCGACAGCAAUAUCCCCAACCAAUCAUAAUGCUUUCCCUACAAGCUACUCAAGUGACAACUUAACGCUCCCCACACGCCCCUUAACACGCCCCCAAUCCACUCCAAUACUAAAAUCAAGCCCCACUAAAGAACCCCUUCCACCCACUAGGCCGCAGAAAAAAGUCCCCCCACCCCGCCCCCCUGCCAUAACGAAGGCCACACCCCCUCCAAAACCGGAAGCCCCAAAUGUUGUUUCUGCCCCACCGCAAAACCCCCCAAUCACCCAACCACCCCCAUCAAGCUUCACCACCCCUUUACAGCCUGAAAUUCUUACCCCAACAGAGGUGGUUCCCCUUCCAUCCCACCCUAUCACAAAGGAAAUCUGGACUAACACUUUUUCAGCCUCCAAAAAUCAAGCCGAGAAAAACAGUUCCAAAGCGUCGUGCUCCAGUGGCUCCGGGAAAGCCCCAGCCCCAGCCUCGGCAAAGUUCGUCAACCCCCGCUACCCCAAUACGCAGUGCCCCCAAACCUCCAACCCCUAUUUUGCAAAAUGGUUCAUCUAAAGGAAAUCAUAAUAACGGAUUCUUAUUGGAUGAUGAUCCUUUCUCAUGUGACCAAACCAGCCAAUCAGUGAUGCCGCCACCCCUGAUACCCUUCAACCAGUCACGCUCUGUUGACCAAACCCCAUCUGUUUUCGGGAAUUCCCAUUUCGACCCCUUUUCUUCAACUGCUACAAAUUCUAACCCCCUCACAACCCAAGAUAACCAGGACCCUUUCUCAGUUUUCGGGAACCCCCCAGCCCCAUCAUCUGACCCAUGGGCCACGUCAACGAGUGUCGUUCCCCCGCAACAAAUUUCUUCUUCAUUCAGCACAAAUUUCAACGAUUUUGACUUAAAAAAUUAAAAUGAUCCAAAUUUUCAGUUUCUGGAUCACUUUUAUCAUAUUUUAUUAUUUUAAUCCUUUAACAUUCCUGCAUAUCAAUAUAUAUCUCUUGAUGUUGCUGGAAAACUUAUGUGCAAUCAGUAUUAAUAACAUUGUAUUCCUUACAUGACGCCAUAGUUGUAAUAAUUGUUCAAAAAAUUGUGUUUUUUCUUUAUUUUGCGCUAAUUUAUCACAUCCCAAUGUUAGACUGUAGCUUAAACGACGCCAAAAGUUAAAAAGUCCUAUACCAAAGCGCUGGUUGUGCAAUUUAUAAACCAUUGUAAUGUUAAGUUCCAAUCACAGAAAAAGUAUUUCUGUUACAAAAAAAACGCUCUACUAUUGUAUUGUAUCAACAGUGUUACAGUUUUCUGUUGUUUGUUUCUCUUGCGUUCGUCAUUGUAUCAUCCUGUUUAUUUCCUAUGUUCAUUAUUUACAUGCAACCAGGCAAGCACCAGUGAUGCACAACGCGUAUCUCAACGAGCAACCCUGGUUACCAAGUAAGUUUAAUCGCGUACUGUUGAACAACACUACAAGUCUAUCGGUAAAAGCGUGCUUUGAAUUGACACGCUAAUACAUCAAAACAAAAUACUACUAUAAA